AUGGUGUUGAUUCAAAUAAUAUCGUUCUUCUUCUCACCAAUUACCUCGCUUAUCGAACCGUAUGUAACAAAAAUAAGUGAUGCCCUCACUUCGGAGAAGACACAACGAGUCGCUGUAAAGUCGAUAUUCGUCGGCUUCUCUAUUACACUCCUUUUGCUGUUUGCUUUCAUAGCUUAUAUAGCAUUUUACUGGACGUUUGUUCCUGAGAUAUCGCAUGAAUAUGAGGUGUUUUUGAAUUACAGUGACGGACAUCCAAAGGAUGUAGUUAAUAUGACUCGGUAUUAUUCUGAACCAAAGUUUCUGACAGACCAGCAAUUGUAUGAUGUUUCCGUCUUAUUACACGUUCCUUUCUCUCAGAAAAAUAAGGACCUUGGGAACUUUAUGAUUCACGUGGAAUUGAAAUCGCGUCUUGCCAAUGAUGAAACAGUUAGAGUUGCAGACAAACCAUGUAUUCUCACUUAUCAAUCUCCCUUACUUCAAGUGUUUUCAACAGUUUGGCGACUGUUUCCGCUGUUAAUGGGCUAUUCAAAAGAGGAUCAAACUCUUGUUGUAAAAAUGAUUGAUAAUGUUAUUGAAGAUAGCAAACGACCCAUCUCCCAUGCAUUGGUGGGAAUAUCGAAUCCACUGUUGGAAACAUACAAAGUUUUAAUUCGUUUCGACGCUCACUUUUCUGGAUUACGUUACUUUAUGUAUUACCAUCCAGUUUCAACAGCAUUCAGUUUCAUCCUGAUCUUUCUGGUUGUCGAGCUCAUCUUUUCGGUCUUUGCAUGGCGUUCAAUUGUAUCUCGAUGGCAAGCAGCCUCGCCACCGUUGGUGCCACCCGCAAGUUCUCCAGUUCUUAAGCCAGAAUAUCAAGACGGUCUUGGGACUAACGGUGAAGAUGAGGGACUGGGCGAAGUAUGGGAGGAUAUUGAAAGAACGGACAGCAGUAGUAGGAAUAGUGUUAGCGGUCAAGAAGAAGGCACGGACGUCGAUAGUGAAGCUGAGCAACAGUAUACGAUGCAGGCAACUGCUCGCAUACCCGAGUCGGGAGGCAGCACAUAUACAACAGAGUUCUAUACUGAUGAUGACAGUCAAAGUGUCCAGUCGUCUGUCGUUGGUGAUUUGACAGGACAACUGACCGACGAUGAUGUCGAUGAGUUUGACGGUAGUGUCACUCCAACUACACACAGUCGAAGGAGUACCAUUUCAUCCACAGAUAAUGACACUGACCAGGAUAGACCAGCGGUGGGAACGUCAACUGGAAGGUUGCCACUGACAACAGGAUCGGUUUAUACGAGAGUUCCUGGAUCUGGUGUUGGUGAUAGUGAUAAUUCAGCAAGAGAUGGAGGAACGUGA